CUGGAACGCACUUGAAGCAGCAAGCAAGUAGGCAUCGACGCUGCUGCGGCUCGAAGCAAAUCGCCAACACCACACGCAUCGACGACCGGCAUCAUCCACCCCGACUCGCCCUUCCUUCCAUCUCGCGGAUUGCACAAGCCGGCUCCAUUACCGAUACCCACAGACACGAACACGGCAAGCCUUGACCCCCAACUGCAUCUCGCAACUCGACUCCGCAUCUCAACCCACCAUCGCCGCUAGAAUGUCUGCCGGCGCUCCCACUCCCGACAGCGCAAAGACAGUGUCCAAGGAGGACGGCAAGGCCGCGUCGCCAGCCGCAUCCAAGGACGCUGCCUCGCCCGCCUCGGCCAAGUCGCCAGCAACGGCCGCGACGCCCGGAUCGACGACGACAACACCAGCCGACAACGGCGCCGCGUCGAGCAAGGAGGCCGAGACGCCAACCCCUGCCACCUCGGCGUCGGCCGCGUCGGCCGAGGCGGCCCACGACCCAGCCGACGACGAGCCGCUCCCCGACGAGCCGGACGGAAUCAUCAACAUGGAAAUCUUCUCGCAGAUUCAGGACAUGGACGACGAGGACGACGAGGACGACGAGGGCGGCGGCCACGAGUUCUCAAAGGGCAUCGUGUGGGGAUACUUUGAACAGGCCGAGAACACGUUCAAGUCGAUGGAGGAAGCAAUCGCCGAGCCCUCCCUCUCGAAACUGUCGUCGCUGGGCCACUUCCUCAAGGGAUCGUCGGCAGCCCUCGGCAUUAUCAAGCUGCAAGACUCGUGCGAGAAGAUGCAGCACUACGGCAACCUCCGGGACGAGGAGGUCGGCGCCCCCCUGACCGAGGACGAGGCCCUCAAGCGCAUCAAGGCCCUCCUCGCCGACUGCAAGCGCGACUAUGCCGUCGCCAGCCGGUGGCUCCGACGACUGUACGGCGAAGACGUUUAGACCGAGAUGUAGACGACGACGCAACGUAACGUCGGUGGUCGUAGACGAGUGGACGACGUAGGACUCGACCAGUCUCUACCACGCAACGCUAGGCAGACGCACCCGCAGACCGCUUCAACCACGCCCCUUCGGCUUCUUGGUGAACCAUGACGACUGUAGCAUUUGAGCUUGUUCCCUCUCUCCCUCUCUCUCUCUCUCU